AUGGAAACAAAGGUCCUGCUAACACAACUAGCAAUCAAUCUCAGAACUCCUUUGGUAGCGGAAGAGAAAGAGGCAAAAAUACUAGAGGAAGAGGAGGCAGAAAUUUCAGAGGUAACCGGCCUGCCUGCCAACUGUGUGGCCUCUCCAACCACACAGUUGAUAGAUGCUUCCAUAGUAGAGUUGCCCAUUGAGAAUGCACAUGCACCUGUUCCACUAUCUAACCCUGCAGGGUUAACUGAUUCUAGGGCUGCUAUAGCCUUCUAUAUAAAGCUUGUAAUAGAAAUACUGAAGGUACAAUUCGAUUAG